AUGGCAGACAAGCUCCGCGCGCAGCAGCAGUUGGAGCAGCUCCAAGCCCGAUACGUUGGGACUGGACAUGCCGACACGACCAAGUUCGAGUGGACCAGCAAUAUCCAGCGCGAUAGUUAUGCGUCAUAUAUCGGGCAUCCGCCUCUCUUAAGCUAUAUGACUAUUGGGAUGGGAGAGCCAAAGGAGAGAGUUCGCGCUGCGCUUAUUGAGAAAAUGAUACAACCGGUUGGCAAACCCCCAGAGGUCCAUGAUUGA